AUGUGGGUAAACCACCCCCCAAUUCCACACCACAUCUCGUACUCUGCCUCAAUGCUCCCUCCCAUUUCGCUUUGUAACGCGGCACACACCUUCCUUCGUUCGGUAGAACGUGCUUUCGCUUUCUGACUGGGUGGGAGAGGAAAAACCGUGUUUGAGAGUGAGAGAGAGAAAAACAGGCCUUAAAGAGGCGGAGUCUUUCAGUCGAUACUGGGAAGCAGAGGGUUUUUUACAUGGGCAAGUAUCGAGGGUGUAGCCAGUCAAGAGAGCGAGAGAGAACGGAAUAGGCGACGUUCGCGGAGAGUUGCGAUAGAGAGACCAACAGGACACCAAGACAGACGAAUAACAAGAUCCUCUGAGGGACUGAUUCGGUUUCACUGGGAAUCUGCGGCUCCAUUAUCAAGUGAAAUCUACCAGCUUGCACAUUUCAUUCGGCAAUGGCUACGUUACAUCUGAUUCCUCUCGCCUUGCUACUUCAGAUGUGGACUGUUUGUGACGCUCAGAACGUGAAAGUGGAACCCUUCGUUUAUGGGUUUGUGGGGCAACAGGCGACCCUACGGUGCCAGAUCGUUGACCCCGACAGCACGCUCCAGAUCACACAGGUUACCUGGAUGAAGGACCCCACCACCAGUAAGAUCAACCUGGCCGUGUACAACCCUGACUAUGGCAUCAACUACCCCACCGAUACUGGUGGCCGCAUCCGCUUCCGCCAGGUCAACAACAGAGACGCCACGCUGAUCAUCGAUCGCCUGGAGAUGGCGGAUGAUGGGAUUUACAGCUGCGAGUUUGCCACCUACCCUGAUGGCAACCAAGAUGCUACCACCAACCUGACCAUCCUAGCCAAACCUGUGAACAUUGGCAAAGCGAUCCCAGCCAAAGCUGGACACACUGAGGUCCCUGUGGCCAUGUGUGUCUCACUGGCUGGAAAACCGCCAGCCUCCAUUACCUGGUCCGAGGGCUCCGGCAACAUCUCCGAAACUGUCAUCGCACACGGCAACGGCACCUUCACGGUGAAGAGUGAAUACAUGCUGAUUCCCAGCGGCGAGAACAACGGAGAGCAGCUGACCUGUGUCAUAAGGCAAAAGGCUCUAGAACAGCCUCAGACCAUUCCCAUCAUACUCUCUGUGCAGUAUGCGCCUAUUGUGAUCAUUGAGGGAUACGAUGAAAACUGGUAUCAGGGCCGGGAGCAUGCUUCGUUGACUUGUACCGCCAAAGCCAACCCUCAAGCUUCAAAUUACAAAUGGUUAAUGAAUGGGCAACGCCUUCCUUCCACCGUCCAGGUGGAUGGGCACCAGCUGACCGUAAAGGACGUGGAUUACUCCGUCAAUGGCACUUUCACCUGCGAAGCCACCAACAACCUGGGCACUGGCCGUGCGAAGAUGGACAUUGUAGUCCGUGAGACCCCAAUGGAAUCGGGGUCCACGACCGGAGCAAUUGUAGGUGGGAUCAUCGCAGCGAUCGUUAUCCUGACUGUGCUGGUGACAGCUGUUCUCAUCUUCAAGAGGCAGAGGAAGAACACCGACGCGGAUGAAGACGAUUUCGAACCACCCAACUACAAGCCCCCUCCCCCGAAGAAGAACUUGGACGAAACUGAGAAGGUUCUGAAAACAGAAGACGAAGAGAUGGAAAGCAUUCCUAUUAACACAACCUACUUUGAGACUGGCACAGAGGACGAUAAUCGAAUGUAUUACAACGAGCCGGAAAUGAUCACCAACCUGAAGUCUGCUAAUGUCGCUGUGCCCCCUGGGGACUACCUGGAGCAGGAGAACCCCAUUUACAACGACUUCUCAUACACCGAGCCUGAGGAGCACCGCAAGAGCCAGGAGUUUGUGUCGAAGGGCAUGUACGUGUAGGCCUCAGGCCUCUCCAGGCAAAGACCACUACCCCCCCCCCAACCAAUGCUCCCAUCAACAACCCCCCAAUCCAUUCCAACCUCGCUAUUUGCCUUAACACUAACAGGCUGCACUUUCCUUCUCUCUUCCUGACUAACACCAACCUUUUUUGGGGGCUGGUAGGGUGGGGGUGGAGAAUUAUUAAUCCUUGGCAUUUUUUUUAGGAACUUGUCACACUCUCCUCGGGGCAUGGAUAGUUGGUGGGGAACUGCUGAGCUGAGAUUAAACACUUUUUUUUUAUGCCCUUCGGCAAAAUACUACACCCCAACACCCACCCCUUUCAAACCCGUACCCCACCCCCUUCCAUCGGUGCCCCCACCCAAUCGCAGAUACUGGGCCUCAGGCCCUAAUUUACGGCCUGAUGGUCGCACUGUACACAACCAAGCCCGAGUUUGGGUUAUGGGGGUAGGCUCUGUGCUUGUGGGGUUUUGGUGGGGAAAUAAACGGGGAGAUGGUUUUGUGUCAGGGCUAAACCCCUCUCAGUCCCUGUUCUCCCCCCACACCUGUAAUGCUCAUUUCUCAAAGGAAGGCUUGUAAUAUCAGAUCUUGCCCAAAACACGCCACUUCGGGAAGCUCAAUAGCUGGUCAACGCUAGUGGGCGACUACAAUUCCCCUAACCCUCGCCGUUAGCAACUGCUGCUCCCAGUCUCACUCCUUAAUCGUUCUCCCAAUGUCUCUCUAUCCCUCUCUGACCCCACAUUCCCUCACUCUCAGCUCAUACACUCAACCUCAUCUUUGAUUGAGGGAGGGGUGGAAGAGAGAGACUACACUUUGACUCCUGCCCUGUCUGAAGCUACAGCUGAUUUAUAGGCCAACAGGGUGACCAUGGACUAUCGCGAGGGUCCUCGGGGUGGGCUGUGGGCAGAAUGGGGCAUUGGCGAGGUCAGCGGGCAUGUGGAUAGGGUGGGGGGGUGGAAUUGAGAUGCAGGGAGGAGGACACGAGCGAUUGUGGGGCACUGAUGGGGCAUAGCAAUUGGGAAGACAACCAACAGCCCUCCAACUCCCAUUCCCAAAGGGUGAGGGGAACUCCUCAUCACAGAGGAGCCCACUCAGGUCGCUGCGCUCUCUCUCUGUUCACCUCAACUGAGCUCUGGGAUUGGUAAAGGAAAUGGAAUUGAUAUUUAACACUCGCUGAGCUCAGAGGAGCCCACAGUAUUAAGGAGAACUGACAAUUUAAUCUUCCUGAAGUCUGAUACUGUGUAAAGUGCCACAAGGAUAGGCUGCAAGUAUAUUUAAGAACCAGAAGCGAUUUUUAAACAUCUGGGAUGGCAACUCCCUCAUUUUCUUAUCUGGAAUUUAGACUUAAUCCAAUUUAAAUUUCAUUAUCAUCCUGCAGAAUGAUUUUUUUUGUUGUUUAAUUUAAAAUCUGCUUUGUAUUUUUAAAUCCACUUUUCUGAGGAGAUGUGACAGACCCUGGAACUGAUGGCCUCUUGUUCUGAGCUCCUCAUUCGCCCAAAACUCCCUGUUCUUUUUUUCCUUUAAAAUGUAAUUACAGGAGAAAUUUAAAAGAUCAUGGGCCUCGUGAAACAUGAAAGGGUUAGAUCAGAAACAACAGGACAAGAAAAUGAAUAGGGAGGCAGAAAUCUGCAUUUAAAUUCCCUUUUGGAUAUCCAGUGGAGAAAUCUAUUCUAGAAUUAAUGCAGGGGCAAAGCAGCCAGCCUGUUUAUCAUCUGUGCAGGUUCUUUUUUGAGAGAUGUCUCCAAUUAGUCCCACUUUUUCCCCCACUCUCUGCUUUUUUUACUCCCCACAUCCCUACAAUUAUUUCCCCCCUUUUUUUUUUACUGAAAGUUCCUGUUGAAUCUGCUCCCUGUCAGUCCCAGAUCACAACUCGCUUCGUUGAAAAAAUACAUUUUCCUCUUCCUUUUUCCCCAACCCUUGACUCCUCUGGGUCUUUUCCUGAUUCUCUCUAAACCAUGUCCCACUGGUGACUGACCCUCCUAGCCCUGGGAGCAGCGCCUCCCUCAUCGACUUGAGAGAAUCCCCCCCCCCCCCAGAGUAUCCUGAAGGCCGUGAUUCUGUCUCCCCCCUUAACCUUCCCCCUUCCAAGGGGAACGAUCCCAGUUUCCCUGUGCAUGAGCCCUGCUCCCUCAUCCCUGGGACCAUUCUAAUAAAUCUCCUCCGCAGCUUCCCCAAGUGCUUGAUCUCCUUCCUAAUGAGCCUGGGCUGCCUCUCUCAGCCUUGCAAGGAAGGAAAUCCUUUUUUUUAAUCCUGCCCUGCGUUUCCUGAUUGGUUGUAAAUAUUCUCACUUCAGUCUAGCGGGCAGAAACAAUAGCUGCUCAGGCAAACAAGACACUAGCUCAUCACUACAGCGUUAACUCCACUACAGUGUUCCCAUUUUUUUCUAUUUGUAUACAACACGGAAGGAAGACUUGAUUGAUUGAUUUAAAACAGAAGAUUUGAGGAUGAUGGCAAUUUCUUGGACUGUACUUUCUAAACUUCGGGACCUCGUGGCCAUCUGAGGCUAGAAUCCUGUUAUCGGACUGUGAGUGGCUGCGUACCUGUGGUGCGAGACGGAAUUUACUGCCCACAAAGUAUUUCAGAACAAAACCGGUUUGGGGAGUUCCUGGUUCGCUUCUCUGAGUGUGAAAGCACAGUGUUCUUUUUUCACCCCUUUCUCUCGGUGAGAAAACCUCACUCGCUUUUUAAAGGGCAGGCCUCCUCGCUCACUGCUGCCAACUUGCACACAGCAAGAUCCCACGUACAGCAGAUUGCUGGCAACUCACUCCACUGACAGGAAGAACAGAAGUUGUCCCCAGGAGACUGGGACGAACCACAUCUCCCCCACCCCAGCUCCUGACCCUCCGACAGCGCGGCGCUCCCUCAGCACUGACCCUCCGACAGUGCGGCGCUCCCUCAGCUCCUGACCCUCCGACAGUGCGGCGCUCCCUCAGCGCUGACCCUCCGACAGUGCGGCGCUCCCUCAGCGCUGAUACUGAGGGAGCGCCGCAUUGUCUCUGUGUCUGAACUCUGCUUCCAAGCAUUUGAGAAAAUAUUCCCAUGUCUCUCUGAAAUCUAUGAAGCACUUGAGCCUGAUGGUUAAUAUUUUGUCAGGAAAUAACACUAGCUGGUUGGCGCAUUGGUCAAUGACUCAUAUUUCUAAACAUCGUCCUUGCUGCAAAAUAAAAUGAACCUUGGAGCUGACUUGCUCCAAACAAGGUCCCACUCCUCAAUGCCUGUAGAGUAAUGCUGCCAUCUGGUGGUGACUGCUAUGGACACCAUUCAGCUUUGGAUUCUGUGUUAAUUCACGAAUCCCUUUUGUAGUACUAUGUAACAGUCAAAUGUACAAAGCUGCUUUACAGGAGUGUUCAUAAGACACCAUUUGGUAAUGAGACUCGUAAGGAGAAUUUCAGAUGGGUGACUUGGUGAGAGAUGUCACCUGUAGGGAACAGCUUUGAUAGUGAGACAACAAGGUGCAGGCCAAGCAGCAUCAUAGGAGCAGAGAGGCUUUGAUAGUGAAGUGGGCAUGGGGUCGUGCCGAAUGCUGUUUAGUGAACUCCACAGCGACCUGUUAUUUUCCACACAGCCACUUCAUGAAACCCAGAAACAUCGCUGCUGCUUUUUAUAGUUUUUUUUUCUGGCGCAUUUAAUUGAAUUGCGAUCCUGCCAGAGAUACUACAAGAUGUGAAUACUUCAUGUUCUGUGAUGCAGUUUAUUGUGAUUUCUGUAAUUAAUCAAAGUGACACGAUGUGGGAUUAAAGCGCCUUUGAAUUUUGCUGCUGAUUAUCAUCCUAAUAAAAUAUUUGUGUGUGUGUGUGUGUGUGCGUAUUUGCAAACUGUGAUGGAAUUCAAGACUUAGCACUAUUGCUGCGAGGAUGUGCCAGAAUUAACGUCGGUAGUUCUGAAUAAAAUUACUAACACUGUCAAAGUCCCGGUCAGGCUAACUCUGCAGGAAAUAUUUUGUAUAUCUUGGCUGAGUUUUAAGUUGUCUUUUUGUACGCAAUAAACUUUUUCUGUAUUUGUA